AAAAAUCCUUCCAAAGAUGGCAAUUUUGGAGUAUUCGAAUCUUUAUUUUUAUUUAAUUCUCUUCUUUCAGAUUUUUCUUUAUUUUGUUUUGAAUUAUUUGGACUAAUAUUAUUCCCUGAUUUUCUUCCUUUUAAUAAUUCUUUACUUCCCCAAUCCAUUGCAAAACAAGUUUUUUCUACUCUUAUUCUUAAUCCACCUUUUCCAAAGUCAACAAAAUCAGAAUCAAAACUGUUACUUCUUUUUCUGUUAAAUUUAUCAUCUUCAUUAUUUAUAUUAUUCGAACUUUUGGCUAUAGUAAAAGUUUUAUUUAAGGGACGGUUAUCUAAUACAUCAGUCAAUUUUUUUGUUAAAAUUUUGUGUUUUCCUUCUGUUUUGGGAAGUAUCAUUUUUUGUUGUUUUUGUUGUUUUAAAUUUCUUAAAAAAUUAUUUGAUAUAAAAUAAUAUUUUUUAAUUAUUUUUAAAUAAUUCAUAAAAAGGUAUUUGCUCCCCUUCCCAUCGCGCAAAAUCUCUCCCAUAAAUCAAAAAAGCGCUGGAUUGUGGACACGGAACAAACAAGAUAUUAAAGUAAAUUUGGAAAAAAUUUGAAUAGGUAGAUUUAGGCCAGGUUAGCCUGGACUUAACUGUUAGUAAAUAUUUGGAGACUUAUAAAUAUUUGGAUUCAAUAUGAACAGAGAAUUUCCAGAGAUCAGGACUUUUUCUGGAUCUGAAUGACGAAAAAUGCCUAACCCCAACUAUAUAAUAAUGCAAAUAUUUUUUUUUUAUUUUAUUUUAUUUUGUUUAUCUACAUAUUUAUUUUUAAAAACUAUUAAUUUUUAUUUGAAUGGUAAAGGAAAUAAUUUUAUUAUUCUUAUCUGUUUACGGGAAAGUUUUCCAAAUAUAGAAAAUUGA